AUGGCAUCGCUCCAUAUUCACUCCACAUUGUUAUACACAGCCGGAACCAUAUGGCCUCCGAUUUGUAUCGGGAUCGUCGUGGCUAGAAUUGCAACAAGGAAUGCUCAAAGAACGAAGCUUGGAUUUGAUGACUGGCUAAUUGUGCCUGCGCUGUUCCUCAUACUCGGUAUGGCAGCUACAAUACUUGCUGGAACAGCACAACAUGCUUUGGGACACCCGACGCCAAUCCCAAUACCUGGAACGGAGUUGACAGCUACAAGUCCACAGCAGACUGUAACCAGAAAGGUUAUUAUAUUUCUUCCCUUCGGCAUUACUUCACCCACCGCGGCUCUAGCCUUCAUAAAAUUAAGCUGCAUAUUCUUCUACCAACGCGUCUUCAAAUUAGGUUCAAAUCGUUUCGUCAAUAUAUCAAUCUACGUCAUCAUUGGUCUCAUUAUUCUAUGGGGUCUUGGCUACUUUUUUAGUUUUCUAUUCGCGUGUGAAACACACUUCAAUUACUUCUGGACGAAUCUAGAGAACCAACUUAAAUGUACUGCGGACUUGACUAUGAUCCAACUCUCGCUGUCGAUCUCGGAUGUCAUUAUGGAUGUCAUCUUAUUGGUGUUCCCGAUUCCAUUGGUUUUAAGGCUGCAGAUGUCAGGUGCUAGUAAGCUUGCGGUAUUGGCAAUAUUUACCCUUGGUGCUCUUGCCAUUGCAGCUUCCAUAACACGUCUUGCUAUUAUCGUAGAGGAGCUAGAUAUUGAGUUCCAGGCCACCGCCGAUCAGGAUUUCGUAUCUACUGCCGGAGUUUAUUUCAUGUACAUCGAGGCAUGCUUUGGUCUAACAGCUGUUUGUCUGCCAUCGCUAUCAGGUGCAUUGAAAUUGAAGGGAGUACAAACCAUGAUGGAGGGAUUCUCAAUUGCCUUCUCAAAUCUUUCUCGGAGCUCUAUGAGGUCCAAUCGGUCCAGAAGCAAUCGUUCCAGAAGCAAUGAAUCUAGCGGGGACAAACACGAGAGACUCAAUUCGGUGCAUUCUCACUCAGUGCCGGCUUCGGAACGUCCUUCGCAUGCCGAUGCUACUGAUAUAGAGAUGAAUCCACUACCUAGAGAUCAGGAGAUCAAAGUGACGAAAAGGUUUGAUUUGGAUUCUGAACCUACAAAGCUAGUGGGAGCAUGA